CAAUACAAGACGCACCUGUCUCUUCUCUCCCACCACGCGUCUCUCUCUCUUCUCAACAAAAACUAGCGAUUUUCCCUUUUCCCUCAGACAACAUCCUCCUCUCUCCAUUGCAAUACCUCUCUCUUUCUUCAUUUUUUUCUAUAUAUAUCAUCAUCUUCCUUCCCAUACGUAAAACUACUCAAAAACAACCAAACCGUGCUAUUGCUGCGAUCAUCGAUUCAACUUCGUCACCCAAAAUCUGGAGAGAGAGAGAGAGAGGUGUAUGUCUGUUGCUGGGUUUGAUUUCCUAUUUCUGUUUCUAUACCAAACGAACAUACAUACAUAGAGUUAUUAUUUAUGAAUGUGAGUGGUAAUAUAACUAGCUCGGGUGUUGAAUAUUUUUGCAUAAUGUGAUGAUGGGUUAUCAAUAUUCCGAUUGAUUUUUUGAUUAAUUACCUUUCUGGGAUUUUAGAUUCUUUCGGCCCUUCUCCUUUUUCCUCUUCUUAUUUGAAUUUACUCCGUAGGAUCGUCUAUUAUAUUCCGUUUUUGUCUGCAAAUGUUCGCAGCUGCGUUUUAUUGCUCUGAUUUUGGGUCCCAAUCUCUGGGCAUUUUCUAUAUUACCAACAUUUUCAAAACCUGUCAAUAUCGGUGUUGAUUUGAUGUUUGGUUUGGUUUAGGUUUAGGGCAAAACUGAACCUAGGAAAAUUUGUUGAUAUUGUCUGGACGGAAGAAUCGGUUUUGGUUUCCCUGCUGUUUUAUCGGAGGACUUUUUUCUUGUUGAGGGAAUCCUUCAAUGUUUAUGGUGCUGUUUUUGUUUUGCCAUCAUGAUAUGGGGGGUCCUUCUCCUAGUUUGGUGUAUUCUUCUGGUGAUUCGCUAGGAUUGUAAUAGGAGCUUUAUGAAUGUUGAUUGGCCUUUUGGAUUUUCUGGGUAGGUUACAUAAAAGGGAAAACAAAUGGCUUUGGAUCAAGGAGAGAGCUUUUUGUCUGGGAUCAAAUUUCGUAGCAUGUUUGUUGAAAGGUCGUCUGAUGAAUUUGAUAGUAGCCUUUGGGAGGAUGUGAAUUGUGGGAGUCACAAUCAAGGAAAAUCUGACAAUGUAGUGACGGAUGAUGAUAUUGUCGAUCAAUUGCCUUUAGAUCCUUUUGAUAUGGAUAUUAGUGCCAAGGUAACGGCUGCAAUCACUGGUUGGAUUGAGGAUUUUGGCUUAAAAAAUCUUGGAUUCAUUGAGUCUUGUAGUGAAGGAGAAGAAGAAGAUGAUCAGGAUGAUUAUGAGGAGGUUGAGAUUGAGGAGGAGGCGGAUGAUGAUCGUGAUCAUGAUCAAUUACUUGCAGAAGUAAGUAUUGUCUGGAACACUGUUGAGCAUCCAGAUUUGAAUGGUGGAAAAUCAUAUAAAGAAUCAGACUGGGAGAAAGGGUUUUACAAGAACGACGAUGGUAACCACCCUCUCUGCUUGGACCAUAAUAUAGAGGCUUUUAUGGGGUUCAGUUAUGAAAAGUAUUGGAACCCACGGGAUGCUGCAUAUAAAAGGAAGGGAUGGAUGACAGUGAAAAGUAAAGGUGCUGAUGUUCCUGCAGGACCUCCCCCGGAUGCUUUGUUUUUUGCUCUUGGGUACCUGGAUAUGUGGGACCUUCUUUCAGUUGAAAGGGUCUGCAAAUCGUUGCGGGAUGCUGUGCGGAAUGAUCCUCUAUUGUGGCGAAAUUUUCAUGCACUCUAUCCUUUGUGUUGUAAGAUCACCGAUGAUGCCCUAUUGCGAUUAACUAACAGGGCUCAGGGCAGUCUUUACAGCUUAAACAUUGUGGGGUGCUUAAAGAUCACUGAUAGUGGCUUGCAGGGGGUGCUCGCACGCAAUCCCGGAUUGACUAAGUUAAGUGUUGCUGGAUGUCAGGGGCUAACCAUUGAAGGGACACUGCAAAACAUGAGGUUCUUCAAGUCUAUUGGAAAACCUGGAAUAAAGAAAUUAAGGAUUGGUUCACCUUUUGGUUUAACCGAUCAGCAUUUUGAACAGUUAAAGUGCUUAUUAGGGGCUGAGAAGAUGACUCAGGUCAAUGAACAGAAGCUGCGAUUCUUCCGAGCUGAUCAGUUGUACUUGCCCUUUGAUGAUGAACGUGUAUUAGACAUUGAAUUUUGCCCAAGAUGUGGUCAACUUAGACAAGUCUAUGACUGUCCAGCUGAUAGUUGUCGAGUAAAACAGCACACUCCUCAGGUUUGCAAAGGUUGCACAGUUUGCAUAACUCGCUGUAUAAACUGUGGGCGCUGCUUGAUCAAUUGUGAUUUUGAGGAGACAUUCUUUCUGGACUUUCUUUGUUCCGAUUGUUUGAAGCAGGUGUUUCAUUGCCCAGAUGCGCAGAAGAGAGUGGCGAUUCCCCCCAAAAAUGCGUAUCUUCAUCAACAGGCAAGUUACCAUUUCAUCCUCUACGGUUAGUGGUUUUUAAUAGGAGAUGAGGUUGCUGUUAGAUUUGAUUUAGAAUGUCUUGGGGAGGCAUAAGGUUAAUGUGGGUAUACAAGAUUGCAUAUCUUUUGUUCUUGGUGACGUUGAGCACAUAUCGUGCAUUAUUUGGCUGUUGUGCGGUAAGAUACUGGGCUGAGAUUUGUCUGUUGGUGCUGGAAGCAAGAGAAAGAGCCAGCUCAUGCAAUGUGGUAAAGGUCAUAUUGUGUUUGACCAUGCUUUAAAGGUUUCUGCUUUCUAUGUUUGGCAGAAAGAUGGAAAAGAAGCAAAAGAGAAUGACGCUGAACUAGUUAUAGUGAUUCUGAACUUAUGUGCUCCUGGAUCAAAGGAAAUGAACCCCCAAAAGGAAAAGGUUAUUGAAGUUGAAGCUGUGCAUCAGAAGAGAUGUUUGAGGCCCUACCGACUCUUUGCUCUAUUAUAGUUCUUCUUUUCUAUCCUGGUAAUGUGAUGAUACUCGAGCGAAGUCACUGCAGUUUGUGAUAAUAGGAUGACAUGCAAGAAUGGAGGUAAUUUGGCUGUAUAGUGCCGCUGAAGGAGUCGCUGUUUUUGUGCUGGAGGGGGAGAAUAUGCAGAAGGGUGGGAAGAAGAAUGGGAUGUCUAAUGAGGCGGAUGGAAUCGUGGAAUGCUCAAUGCAGGCAGGGUGAAGUGGAUCCCAUAUUCUGUUGGAAACCAUCUCAUCUGUAUACUUGGGUUUGGAAACUAUUAUUGUUAUUUGUUAAGUUGGUGAUGUAGUGGGAUAACAAUGUUGGUUCAUAGAUUAAGCUGAGAAUUGUAUCAAUAAUUGAUGGAGUGAUGAAGUUAUGACAAAUCGGUCUGUCUGACCAAUUUACGUUUGUUGUGGAUACAUUUAACUCUACGGUCACUCUUUCGAGUUACCAACAAAUUUCUUUUUGUUUUUUUCUUGUGAAUAAUUGUACAUACUUUGCUGAAUUACAAAUAAUGUAGUACCUCAUCCACCUCACAUAUGCGAAUGCUUUCUGUAGAAGUAGCAAUUUCUAA